GAAUUGAUCUUGUGAUCGGCUGUCUCUCUCGUUCUCUUCCCGUUUUUUUUUCUUUCCCUUCCGCUGGCCUUGUCUUGUGUGGUGGCUGCGAUUCUGGGCAAUUCAUAGCGGGGACUUGGAAAUUAUUCUAGUCUAAUGGACGUGCGGAUCCGCUACACUGUUAUGCUUCAUCCAGUCGACCGGGAUGCAAAGGCGAUUAUUUCACUCUGCUGUGGCUUUUUCGUGAAAAAGAUCGGAUUCGGUGCGUAAAAAUACUCGGGAGGACGCAUUUAAACGCGUGUGAUGAGACAAAGGAACAAAGGAUGCCUUAGAGGAGAGGUUGCCUAUUUGCCUGGAAACCUCUUCAAAGCACACCGCCAAAUGGAUCUAACGCCUCCCCCUGCCACCUCUAGAUCAUGAUACUUGGCUGAAGCUAUUCCGCUAUCUUUAUGAUCCCUCCUCCAUCUAUGGCGAACUAUAGCCAUGCAGGGGACCACACCAUCUUGCAGAAUGUCUCUCCUCUCGCCACGUUCCUCAAACUGACCUCUCUGGGUUUCAUCAUCGGAGUCGGUGUGGUCGGAAACCUCCUGAUCUCCAUCCUGCUGGUCAAAGACAAGAGCCUGCAUCGAGCGCCCUACUAUUUCCUGCUGGACCUGUGCGCCUCCGAUAUCCUGCGCUCCGCCAUCUGCUUCCCCUUUGUCUUCACCUCGGUCAAGAAUGGAUCUGCCUGGACCUACGGCACACUGACCUGCAAGGUGAUCGCCUUCCUGGGUGUGCUCUCCUGUUUCCACACGGCGUUCAUGCUCUUCUGCGUCAGCGUCACGCGCUACCUGGCCAUCGCGCACCACCGUUUCUACACCAAGAGGCUGACUUUCUGGACGUGCUUGGCCGUCAUCUGCAUGGUGUGGACGCUGUCGGUGGCGAUGGCGUUCCCGCCGGUGCUGGACGUAGGGACGUACUCUUUCAUCCGGGAGGAGGACCAGUGCACCUUCCAGCACCGUUCCUUCAGGGCCAAUGAUUCGCUGGGCUUCAUGCUCCUGCUGGCACUCAUCCUCCUGGCCACACAGCUGGUUUACCUCAAGCUCAUCUUCUUCGUCCACGACCGUCGAAAGAUGAAGCCCGUCCAGUUCGUGCCUGCUGUCAGUCAGAACUGGACCUUCCACGGGCCAGGCGCCAGCGGGCAGGCGGCCGCCAACUGGCUGGCUGGAUUUGGUCGAGGCCCCACCCCGCCUACUCUGCUGGGCAUCCGGCAGAACAGCAACGCAGCGGGCCGCCGGCGUCUACUGGUUUUGGAUGAGUUCAAAACAGAGAAGAGGAUUAGUAGGAUGUUCUACAUCAUGACGUUUUUCUUCCUGGCGCUGUGGGGGCCCUACCUGGUCGCCUGCUACUGGCGGGUUUUUGCGAGGGGCCCUGUGGUCCCUGGAGGCUACCUGACAGCAGCCGUGUGGAUGAGCUUUGCCCAGGCUGGGGUCAACCCUUUCAUCUGUAUCUUCUCCAACAGGGAGCUUCGGCGCUGCUUCAGCACCACACUCCUCUACUGCAGAAAAUCCAGGUUACCAAGGGAACCCUACUGCGUUAUAUGAUGGUUUUGCUGUGGGUUUUUUCUCUUCUAUGUCUCUAUUACCCUGAUUGAUCUUGAUCUGGGCUCGUUCCCGUUGUACAGCGCACUCUCUCUUUCUGUCUCUCUUCUCUUCAUCCUCCAGCUCCUCCUGUUCCUCCUUCUCCUAACCCUUCUUUUCAGAGGUGGAAGGUGGACUUGCCAAUCACGUGGCUCCGUUGGGGUGAUUGAGUAUCAAAAACGUGGAGAUUGAAGGGAAUGGGAAUACGCAGGAGGUAUGGAUCCCCUCCUGUGUUUAUGUUCUAGUAAACAGACAUUGUGGAAGGCCAUGCCAAUGCAGAGAAGCAAAAAGUUGAAAAAAAAAAGCGAAAAAACAAAAAAAGAUUUGAGAAAACAAUGAAAACAAAACCUCUUGCUUUGGAUAUUUUGAAGAUGCGUUAUUCUGUGAGGUGUGAAAUACAUAAAUACGAAAAGAAAAGAAAAAAGAACACAAAACAAAGAAAUGAUACCUCUCAAGGAAUCACUGGAAAUGUUUUACAUUUUAAGAGUUGCACUAAAAAGAAGAUGUAAAGAUGCUUUUUUUGGGUCAACAGUUGCCAGUUGCAUUGCAAGGACAACUUUUUGUCUUUUUUUUUUGUUUUUUUUCCUCUCCCCCAAACUAAACAAUGAAUGCUUUAAUUUGCAACAGACUACACAAUCGCUGUAAGUAAAGCAAAACUUGGUGACUGUUGGAAUACACCAUCACAAGAGGAUAAAAUGGUUUUAAUGUAAGUGAUAUCUUUUUCAUUUACCGGGCGGGUGGGCGGGCAGGUGGGCGGGGGCUUCAGUGGUGGGGGAGUUACAAUGUGUGGUUUUUUGAAGUUGCAACUUAAAACUAGAAAUGAUUUCUUGUAGUUUUACGAUCCAUAUGUCCCUAGUGUCUGGCAUUGUUAUUUUCUUAACACUUUUUACAGAAAAAAAAGAGGAAAAAAAAAAAGAUGAAGUGAUGUUUGGAUUUUGAAAAAAAAUAAUUGCUUUCAAGAACAACCUUGUGCUUAAAAAAGACAUUGAAGAAGUAGUUAAAUGUUUCAUCAUAUCCAUAUACCUAAACACUAUCAUAUUGUUACAGUAUUGCUGAUGCCACUCCGGGUGUUCUUGCCUUAAUGGUUAUGAUAUUGUCAUGUUUCUUGGGUGUUUUUUUUUCUUUUCCAUUCACUCCUAAAAACUUUUUUGUUUUUUUUAGAUGCAAGGGGAGUUUUUUUAUCUUUUUUUUCCCACAUCAGUGCGAAGUGCAUGUCCAUUUUUUUAAAAGCUGGUCCACUCCCAUGAGCAUCACAGGCCAUAAACUGAGCAGCCCAUUUUUAUUCUGCAGUGGUUUGCUACACCCCACAGAGUGCUCAGAGCACAGGGAGUGUGUGUGUGUGCGAGUGUGCACGUAUGCGAGUGUGUGUGUGUGUGUGUGUGUGUGUGUGUGUGUGUGUGUGCGUGCGGUGAGGAUGUGUGUGGAUCAGACAACAGUCACUUCAAGACCAGAGCCUUAGUAUGAAAUCUUGCACAAUUUGUAAAAAAUAUAAAAGGACAAAAAAAAAGAAAGGAAAAAAAAGAGACAUUUAAGGCACACCGUCUUGUUUCUACUUUCCCUACAUUUGCUCUCUACUGAUUGUUUUCGAUGACUUACUUUUUUCUCUUGUGGCCAUUUUAAUAUUUAUUAUGUAUUCUUUUUUGUAUAUUAUAGAUAGAUUGUGUGUAAGUAUGUGAGUCUUUCAUUUUGAAGUCCCGAAUGUGAGUACAGUUUCAGUUAGGAUUGCAUUUGCUGAAAGUUAACUGUGUAAUCUGUUGCUUUUUGAAAAUAAAAAGUUUCCAUUUUGCAAAAUUUGUUUUUUUCUAUCCCUGUUAUUGGGUGGAUUCAUGCAUUUUGGCCAUUUUAACAUCUGGUAAACAUCAGUGAAACCCCCAGUUUCUUUGAAACAGUGAUGAAUUUAAAGCUCCUCAGAUUAAAAAAACAAAACAAAACAUUCUUUUCUCUAAAAUGUGUUUUUUCACCUGAUUUCAUCAGGCCUCAUUAUAAAAUAUUUAAAGCAACACUGAGAGAAGAAAAUUGUUUGACUGCUUAGUAUUUGAAAUGCUACUGUGUGCAUAUUUUGUAAUUAAGUGAGUAUUGGUGGUUGGUAUUUCUACAAGAGUUUUUUUAUGUGUAAUUCAUGUUCCUGCAUUUUUAUAAGAGAAAAUGAUGACAUUUUCAAAUGUGUCUCUUUUAGAACACAAUCUUUUCUGUCAUUUGAGUCCUUGGGACAGCUUGUCAAAAUAGAAUAUGAAGUCUACUAAACCUUGUCAUUGAAUGUGAAGUGUCUGAGACAUUUAAUGGGAAUAAUUUCCAUGAAUAUAUCCCAGGGCACACUCACUAUUUCUGUGUUAAAGAGGAAUACCACUGAAUUUCAGAUGUAAUAUAUGCAUCUCCCAUAUGGAAUGAUGGCAAACCACUGUGGAUUAAUGAAUACCCUUACAUUGAGCCCUGUAGCCACGAAUGACAUUGCAGUUUGUCCCGUUCUCUCAUUUUUAAGGUCACAUUGUUGUGCAGCUGCACUGAAAACGAAAUGAGAAAAUAUGGAAAUGAGAGCUGUGGAAACAAAUUAACCUUUUCCUUCAAAUUCAUGCGAAUUUGCUGAAAUUUUGACACCUCAAAUUGAGAAGCGAAUAUGACCAAAACGCAAGAAAACUUUCCCAAAGUCCCCUUUACGUUCCCUGCAGAGAAUCAUCAGCGUAUUCAAGGAGAGAGAAAGCUAAAAAAUGAAUCAUGUUUUGUUUUUAAAGCGAGGCUAGCAAGACGAAAAGAUGCUGAUUCUGAAAUGGAGUGGUGCUUCUCUGCAAUUACGACAUGCUGACGAUGUUUGAGAGUCAAUAUGUGCAUCUGCAGAGUGUGAACUGAAUAAUACAAUAUUUGUGACCACCAAUUUUGUAUCAUUCAGACCUCAUUGUGCUACUUUGCUUCCCCUCACCACAGAAACCCAUUCAGUUAAAUAAUGACCUCAGCCUUGGUGCCUGAAAACACAAAAUAUGAUGCUGAAAUGGCUUGUAAACACUCCAGGUAAUUGCAUGCUGGACUGCAGGUUCUGCUAAUGAAGAAUAUCUAUUAGGGGGCCUGUUUUCAUUAUGAAGCUGGCAAUUACUGGUUAAUUUUUGGACAUUGAUCAUUUCACUUUGGACCCAGAAGAGCCAGAUAUUGUGACUUUUAAGGGAAGAAAUGCUUUGGUCGGGUUUCCCAUGUGUCAUUUGCUUUGUGUCCGCUGUGUUAAUCCUGUACAAUGCUUCUUGAUUGAAAGGUAGAUGAACCAACACAUGAGGCUUUGCUGGAUUUUUCACUUCAACCGUGCUACUCGAGACUGGAGCACAAAUUAACAUCAUGUAUAUUUUAGCCUCAUUCAGCAUAUGCAAAUCGCAAAACGGUGUCACUUUUGAGCACUGGCCCAUUUUCUCGCAUGUUCAUUUGAGUGCCCCAGUAAUUCUGUUUCUCUCUGCGUCUGAGAGGAGAUGACAGGGAGAGGUGGCCGGCUUGAAAAAGCCGUUCAUUCUGGCAGACAAGCUCACACGUUGAACUCUUCUCCCUCCGAGGUGCCAUCUCUCCUGAGAAACAUCGAGAAGCAUAUUGUUCAUUAUCAAAGCAAUUACCAUCUGACUGGGAUUGACUUUUAUGUUUAGACCAUGGAAGGAAGAAAGAGGAAGUUAAAAAAAAAACAAAAACAUUUUUUUGUGUGUGUGAGGCAAUUAUAAUGCUUUGCUGGAGAUACUUUUCAUUUUACGAUCAGAAGACUUUUUCUAUUGGAUUUUGGCUGCCAAUGAAUAAUACAACCAUCCCUAAUUCCAGUGUCACUCUUCUCGUAUCUCGGUGGAUUUGUGCACACAAUUUCAGUUUUUUUUAAUGGAUUGCCAAUGGCGCGCUGAAAAAAAACACAUCUCAUUUGCUGUCUACAAUUUUAAUAAAUACCAUCUGUUGACUGACAAACAUUGACUUUUUUUGAAAAGGGGGAAAAAAGCUCAUCUAAUGUGAGCCUUUCUGUGCUCUUAAGCAUUUUCUAUUUGUAUAAUGUACGCCAAACCUUAAUUAAAGUGCAGUAAGUGUCCGUGCCGAGAAGCACUCAAAUAUGGAAAGCUGCCUUGAAUGAAUGAAGUGGACGACUCAAUCUUCUGACAAGCUACUCAGGAAAAAAAAAAAAAGGAGAAAGGAGAAAGAAAAGAAUUGCUUUCUGUCUUGGCAUCUCCCUGCUCUUCAUAUUUGUUUGAUUGUAUGACCGCUUGAGCUGGAAAUAUAAUGGUAUGCAUAAUUUCUCCAGGGACUUCAUUUCAUUUGGUGAAAUGACAUUUACUGAGUUUUCCGUGGGA